CUUUGAAUUGAAUCAAACUCUGACGUGUUUCCCUUUCGUGCCCAAAGCAUAUUCCUUUUUAUAGCUUUCGCUCCCUCUUCUCUUCACAAAAUCCCAAAAAAAAAAAAAAAAAAACCCCUAACUUGCAAAUGCAGAAGGCUUCAACCUCGUGAUCCCGUCGUUGAAGCUUUCUGCUUCUUAAUUUCAGGUUGUCUGGAAAAUUAAGACCUUGGUCUUAUUAAGUCUAACGUUUGAAUCCUUUGGGUGUAAACAAUUCCUUGGAGCCAACCCACCAGCGAAGCCGGAAUAUUACCCGAUUCAUGUGGAGGGCUGCUUUGCGCGGGUCCGAGGUUUACUUAAUAGGGGAGCUUUGAAGUCUGUACACCGGAUAUUGUAAGGACCUAACAAAAUAUGCGGAAUAAUUGGUUGUUUUUCAUGGAUCUUGAUGGAAGCUCUCGAGACAUCUUUCCAAUUGAGCCCCUUGUAUUGCACAAUUAUGGGGGUCAUUUAUUUUCGCAGAUUAGUUCAUUUGUUGAUAAUUCUAUAUACCAAUCUCGAAACCUGUAUGCCCCUGGGAGUAUGGCUCUUCGAGAAGCAUUUAGCUGUGUGUCAAAGUUAGCUGGUGCAUUACUUUUUUGGAUAUCUAGUACGUCCACAUCAAAUUUGACUCAGGACAUAGCCAGCAGUUCACAUGGUCCGGAACCCAAAAGCUGUGCGUCUUCUACACAAGUUAAGCACAUUAUUUCUAGUAGACAAAAUCUUGCUGGAUUUCGCUUUAUUCGAUCAAAAGGAAAAUCUUCCACCCCAGUGCGUUUUGAUAAGAUUUCAAGUUUCAUGAUGAAGCUCAUGUCCAGAGAAACCAAAAGGCUUCAAUCAUAUCCUUUGCUCUCAUUAGCUGCUGCACUUGUACCACCAUUUGAUAACUUAUCUUCCGAGGUACUAGCUGUUUCAUUGGAGAAUACUGAUGUACAAGUGAAUGGAUAUAUGGAUCAAAGGCCUUGUGAGGUUGAGAAUCAACGAUGUGGUGAUCUAUCAUUUCCUGACUUGAUCUGGACAAGACAUGCCGUGGAGCCCAGAACUGGCAUUGAGUUUCCUAUGAUUCGGGACACCAUUUUAGCUGGAGAGAAGAGUUCCAGUUUAAGUUCAGAGGUUCUCGUUGGAACUGGAUCAAGAACUAUGAAAAUAAUCAAAAUCAAAUCUCUUAAGGUCUAUGCAUUUGGUUUUUAUGUUCAUCCCUACUCUGUCUGCGAGAAAUUGGGUCCAAAGUAUGCUUCAGUUUCCGUGGACGAACUAAAUAAACGCCAGGAUUUUUAUCAGGAUCUUCUCAGGGAGGAUAUUAAUAUGGCUGUUAGGCUUGUAGUGAAUUGCAAUGGGAUGAAAAUCAAUGCUGUGAAAGAUGCUUUCGAGAAAUCCCUUCGAGGCCGACUGGUAAAGAUAAACCCAGACACCGAUUACCAUUGCCUAAGAACGUUUGGUUCAUACUUCAAACAAGAUACUCCAAUACCUGCGGGAACGACAAUUGAUUUUCGACGAACGGCUGAUGGACAGCUAAUUACUGAAAUUGGAGGUAACCAGAUUGGAGCAGUCCAUAGCAAGGAUUUGUGUAGGGCUUUGUUUGACAUGUACAUCGGAGAUGUUCCGGUGUCAGAGCAAACGAAAGAAGAGAUUGGCAAAAAUGUAGCGAAUCUCAUUAGAAGGUGCUGAACUGGUUGAUUUCCUUACUCCAUUGCCCCCCUUUUUUAUAUGGGAAAGUGGUUGGCCCGUUACAUAAUAAUAGUAGGUCUGUUGUGGAGGAUUUAUUUGAUGGCGGCCGGAGAAAACAGCCGGCCGCAUGUCGGGGGGGUUGCAUACAUGGUAUAGCUCAAGUUUAAUUGCCCUCUCUGCAAUUCAUUGUACCCUUUUAUUUGGGAUUCACAUCAAUUAGAUCACUGUUAGAUUUAUGUUUUUAUACCCCCCCCC